CCACCGAAAUAGAAAAGGAAGAAGAAGGACACGCCCGCCGAGAGAACUUUGACCAAAGAAACUACGAGAGAAGACGUGUGUUAAACAUUUAUUUACCAAAUGCCGAGACGGUUAAACAAGAGGUUUGAAGAGUAAUUAUUCAUCACUUUGCAGUAGUGACAGAGCUUGUAGCGGCUUGUAGCUCAGCCUGCCGUAGUUACUAGCUAGAAUGCUAACGUUAGCAGACAUAGGUAGCUAACGUCAGCGUUAUUAUGAUAGACAACAUCAACAGCUGGGAGUAGAAGCUGUCACUCACUAAAGCCAAACGCCGAUAUUUAAUUUGUACAUCCCUUUUUGGACUUCAGUAUGGGGAUGUGCCUACCGUGCCUUGGUGGAGCAGCGGACGACGUCGUAGUGACUCCAGAUCCAGAUGUAAGGAGACAACAGUUAGCUGAGGCUGCUGAGAAGAGACAAAAAGAGACUGCAUACAGGGGUGUCAAAAAUCCUGACGCAGUUGAGAGGAAAAGGAAAAAACAGGAAGAAAUUGAGAAACAGGCGAUGACGACCUCUGUUUCUGGUGGCGGCGGGUUGAAGUGGCAGGUGGGCUGACUACAGAUGGGGAAAGACUAAAAUGUUAGUUCUGAAGUCUCCACAACGUGAAGUCAUCCUGCAAGCUGACUUGAAAGAUGCUUAAAGUGCGGUUGAUUGUUUCAGUUAGCUUCUGCUUGCUUUAGCCAUGUUUUGAGGCAAAUACCUGCACUUGUUAUGCUUCAUGCAAAGCAGUCUGAGCUAAAUGGGAAGAUUUGCCCUCCUGUUGCCAAAAUCUAAAAGCUAGUUUUGAUCUUUUGACUAGUCUGCAGUGAGAUAAUACAAUGUGCAUCCAAGUACUGUUUUUAUUUCACAACUGAUAAUAGAGAGACUUACUGCAAGUCACUGAGUACUCGUAAAGUCUUGAAGUGUCUUUGACCACCAUGUAAGCUGUCAUUAACACUACAGUUUUCUCUACCAUGCUUAUUUAUUCAUGUUUUUGUUUACUGUAGAAAAAGAUGAAAUUUCCCUGUAGCUUCAUUAAAGUUGCACUGAAAUGUUGGUUCAAGCUUGUUGCUUUGAA